AUGGACGCCACGAUCCCAGACGAUACCGAUGAUUAUCUCGCUCCCGAUGUGCAAGGGGAGGGUAGUAGUUUUUGGCCCGUAUUUCUGCGGGCCAUAAAGGUCAAGAAGGACAAGCUUGCACAUUAUAACGCAAGAGCGAUGACUGCGCUCCUAACCUUUGCUGGUCUUUUUGCCGCCACAGUUGCGGCAUUCUUGGUGGACAGUUACAAGGCCCUCUCACCCGACCAGAACACUCAAGCAAUCAUAUCUACGCUCAAUCAGACGAAUAUUCUGCUCGCUCAACUCGUAUCGUCAACGCAGAGGACGCCGAACAUCGUGGCUCCGCCGAAGCCUUUCGUCCUAGACGAUCACGCCGUCACUUACAACACCCUCUGGUUCCUCGCCCUCCUCCUCUCUCUCGUGAGCGCCCUGCUCGCGACCAUGGUGCUGGACUGGAUGAGCGAUCCUAUCGCCGUCAAGAGACGCUACGCGCCCGAGACCCUCGAGGGAUAUUCCCUCAGGCAACUCGCCGAAUUCAUGGGCAUCCAUACCUACGGGUUAGAUCGCCUCGCAACGCUCGUCGUCGGCAUCAUGCACGCCGCUGUGAUUCUCUUCAUUGUCGGGCUCGUUCUAUGGCUCUAUCAGGUCAACACUACUACGGCGCGGUAUCUUGCGGGUGCGGCUGGCGCCUCCGCAUUCGCCUACGUCGCCGCCAGCCUGUUCCCGCUGGUGGACAAGACUUGCCCCUACCGCACGCCCCUGUCCUACUUGUUGUCGCUGGCUCUCUAUGGGACGGCGACGUUCAUCUCACUCGUGGUCGUGUACAUCAUCAUGCUGUGCAGGGCGGUGGGAACUUGGAUAGAUGACAAACACGUCUUCCUUCCCGACGUAAACCCCGGAUGGCUUUGGGGGUUGCUGAAAGAGUUCGGUCUCCUUGCGCCAAUCAUUCCCGCACUGCUGUACUCCUUCAUCAAAGGGGAUCCCAACGAAGUGCGCGCGAACAUGAUGGAUCGAGCCCUGAGGCCUAGUCAUGAACAACAUAUCUCCGUUAACCAGCUACUGUACCUGACGUCGUUCACGAAGCUUCAUCUGCUGGAGACUCCGGAAACUCUACGCUAUAUGGUCCGCAGGCUUUUCAGUAUGAAGAGCUCCGGAAUCUCUCAGUACAUCGGUCAUCUGCUGGAGGAUGCCGGCAUGGUCUCCCGGCUCACUGCCGUCUUUUCCAGCGUUGGGUCUCCGACCGAUGCUGUCGGGUCGAUCCGGUUCUUGCAAAUGCUUGUACUGGCAGACGGAGAGGGGGUACGGCCUAGAAACGACAAGGAGGCUGCUGAGAGAGAGGACAGGCGAUGGGCGCGACUGGACGCUUUGAUUAGCUUGUUACCGCCCUUCUUCGUCCGAUAUGGCGAGCUCAGCGCAUCGGCAACCGACCAGGGAGACGUCUCUUUGCUCGCGGCGGUCUCGGGUCUGCGUUGGGCGCUCAUCAUAGCCAUGGGAAAAAUGUCGGGGUAUCCUCAUCCAGACGAAAGUCCUGGUCACUUCGCGCAGUCCAGACUGCAGUGGCUUUUCAAGCUCUUACAGAGUAUAGCAGCCCUUCGCAUGCCAGUCGUAUCCGCGAACGACCACGAGGACUUGAGCACCCUUUUCGACUCCCAAGGUGACCCUCGAGUGGAACUCGCGUAUCGCAACGCUUUCACUCUUUUGGAUGGUGCGAGUCGUUGCGGGUGGCGCGACGGUUGGCAGGAGACAGAUCCGACUUACCUCCCGAAGAACACGCCACACAUGUGGGAAUGGCGCAGAGCGCUUGAUGUGGCCACCCCCACUCACAAACCAGCCGCUAUGAAGCCGCUACGUGACCUUCUCAAUCAGGAGCUCGUGAAAGCCUCUCUGGGGACAGGUCCAGGAUUGGCCGCUCUUGGCGGCGCCAGUCUUGAUGCACUCGCAAUAGGCGCACUGGCCGACCUUAAGAGCAUCGUCGAUGUUGGUGCUCCACUCCCACUUUCGCCCACCCCUGCCCCUGCUCCUUCAUCCGCGCCCGUAUCGACAUCUGCGCUUCCACCGGGAAACGCAGGCACGCCAGACCAUGAGCCAGCGUCGGAGCCUGCACCUGAGCUCUCACCUGCACCUGAGCUGUUGCCUGCACCUGAGCUAUCCUUCAUGUCUGAACCAGCCACAGAGGCUGAGAAUCAGGGCUCGCCGGUAGGGGAGACGGCGUCCGAGGUGUGUUUCUGCAACUCAAAUGGCGUCUCCUCCCAACAUUCCGAUUCGAGCAGCUCUGACGGCGCUAGAGACGAGGCCGGGCCGCUUCUCAGUAACGCUGCGUCCCGAGAGAAAGAGUGGGAAAGGCGGGGCAGCGCUCAGACGAGAGUGCAGGCGUCGGAAUAG